UCAAAAUGACAAGAUAUUUUAACUUUAUAAAAAUUUUAAGUUUAUAAAAUAUACACAUAAUUGAUAAAUCUGAAGUUAAUAAUGUUAUCAUGUUCAAUCAGAUCUACCUAGCUAUUAUUGCAGCUUUCAGUAUUCACACACAACAGAAUUGUCGUUUAAACACUCGAACCCAUUUUGGGGAACCUCUUCCUAUUAUUAUAAGAAACGGGCGAUUGCUGGAGCCUAGCGAUGACGAUGGUAAUAUUGACCUAAAUGUUGGAGACGAGCUUACUUUGAGCUGUGAAGGUUCCGGAACUAUUGAACACAGCAGCGCCACACAAUCUCUUACAACCUCUAACAUAUUUUGUGAAGGUGGUGAUAAUUUUAAGAAUCACGAUUGGCUUCUAUCUCCUGCAAGAUUUACACUAUUUAAAUGUCAAUACCCGCCAAAUUAUAUCAGCAAUCGGACAAAUCAAACAUGCUUCGAUGGGAACGUAAUCGUCCAAGUUGGUUACAAAGUCCAGAAUCAAUUUUAUCCUACCUACGAAACUUGCUUCAAUUAUGACACACGUAAUCCAAUAUAUUCUCAAUACACUCAAAAGCCUUACAAUGCUUACUAUCAAACCAGGGUCGAGCGACCGUUUUUUAUAGACGAUGGCAACUACGGUUUCCCAGUUGAUUCGUAUUUCUCACCAAGAGGCCAGCAGUUCGCUGUUGCACAACUAGUUGGAACAAAGCUAAAGGAUUACAUGACGCCAUCUCAAGAGUUAUCUAGAGGACAUUUAGCUGCUAAAACAGACUUCGUCUUCGCUUUCGGAGAACGUGCUACCUUCCACUAUGUGAAUUGCGCUCCGCAAUGGAAAAAUUUCAAUGGUGGAAACUGGAAUACUCUAGAAGUUGAUCUGAGGAAUCACAUACACGCAGCUGGAUACAGUACAAUAAUAUACACCGGAACCUAUGGAGUAACUCAACUCUUGAAUCAAGUCGGUUACUGGACAGACUUGCACCUGUACACAGACGAGAACAAUAAUCCUGUUAUACCAAUACCUCAAUAUUUUUAUAAAGUCGUCUACGAGCCGAGUAGUAAAAACGGCAUUGCAUUCGUCGGUAUCAACAAUCCACACUAUACAGCCGAAAAGGUAAAAGAAUUGAUUUUCUGCGACGACGUUUGUAAAGAAAAACCAGAAUUUAGAUGGUUGACUUGGCAUCCGAACAAUCCGAACGAAGGUUACACUUUCUGCUGUUCUAUACCAGAUUUUAGACGAGCUAUAUCCCACUUACCUGAUUUUGAAGUGGAGGGUAUUCUAAUAUGAAGUUUGUGUAGCUUUUGUUGAAUCGUGUUUAAUUAAAACGUAAAGUUGUUCCGA